AUGUCUAAGGUACCUGAGAGAAGACAUGCACAUGCAAAAUUAGAAUUAAAAAUUUCAUGUGAAUUAGCCUACCCCCUUUCGACAAAAGUAAUACUUUUAGUCAAAGAUUCAAGAACUCAAACUUGGUUGUCGACCCCAUAUGAAACGGAAGUAAUAGUGAAUUAUUCGAAACCAAAGUUUGUUACCGGUAUAUAUGUCGAUUAUUAUUUUGAGGAAUUGCAACAAUUCAGAUUUAUAUGCAUUAACGUUAAUAAACCUAAUAACCCGGAUUGGAAUGCGCAAGAGGUCAUUGGUCAUUUAGAUUAUGAUUUAGGAUCAAUUGUUUCCUCUGCAGGUAAAAAAGUGAAAAAAAGGUUAACAUCAGAUGAUAGAAGUAAUAAUUUCAUAACUGUUUCGGCCAUGGAAGUUAAAGAGUCGAAUAGAGACGUUGCAAUUCCAUGCUCAGAAUAUCACAAAGUUUUAAGUCGCGCUAACGAAGACGGGACGUAUGAUCCAGUCUAUAAAUCAGAACCUAUUUCGUCAGUGAAUCCAUUAUGGCCUGAAAUUGAAAUAAAAGAAAGUACAUUAUGCAAUUGUGAUUUGGACAGAGCAUUGCGAAUACAAAUCAAAAAUGACAAAAGGAACGGAGAACAUGUACUACUUGGACAAUGUACAUUAACUCUCAGAGAGCUCAUAGAAGAGACGGAUACCAGAUCUUUCCAAUUAAGGAUUCCAACCGGAUUUAAUGGACAUGCUCCUAAAGAUUCUAUACUUACAGUUGUUAAAGUAAUUUUAAAGGAAACACCAACAUUUUUAGAUUAUAUAGCUAGUGGCACACAAAUUAAUUUAGUAGUAGCCAUUGACUUUACUGAGUCUAAUAAAGACCCAAGAACGCCAGAUAGUUUGCAUUAUAUAGGUAACAAAGAAAAUGACUACCAACAAGCGAUCCGCAGCGUUGGAACAAUAUUAGAAAAAUACGAUUCUGAUAAAAUGAUUCCGGUGUAUGGAUUUGGGGGAAAAUUCCACGGAAAUUUAUCGCAUACUUACCCACUGAACGAUAAUUUUGAAAACCCAGAAGUUUUUGGUGUAGAUGGUAUAAUGGACGUAUAUCGAAAAACAAUCAAUAAUGUUGAAUUGUAUGGUCCAACAAACUUUUCACCGGUUAUUAACCAUACUGCAGCAAUUAUUAAAAACGAAAUAAGCAAAGGCGAGGACGUAUAUUAUAUAUUAUUAAUCAUUACAGAUGGAGUCAUCACGGAUAUGGACACCACAAUACGUGCUAUUGUAAGGGCUAGGAAACUUCCACUUUCGAUCGUUAUUGUAGGUGUAGGUAAUGCUGAUUUUACAAAUAUGAAUAUUCUUGAUGCGGAUGAUAAACCAUUGGAAUUGCAAGAAAUCGAUCCAUUGACUGAUGCGCCGGUAACGGUUGGAAGAGACAUCGUACAAUUCGUUGCGAUGAACGAGUUCAGUACGGACGCGGCGCGUUACUCUUUGCCUAAAGCUAUUAUGGAAGAGAUACCUGAACAAUUUAUGUUUUAUAUGAAAGAAAAUAAUAUUAGCCCGUAA